AUGGAACAUAUUUAUACACGAGAUUUCCGUUUGUUAGAAAGUAGUCAAACGGCCAUGACCAGAACCCUGAUGGUGCAUCGGCCACCACAGUGUCCUUCAUGCCACACUCAUUCCCACGACGAGCGAAUCGAUCUGGAGGAAUCAUAUAAUCCGCCGAUUCCUUCAUACAAUGAGGAAAACGCUAGGAAGGCUAUGCAAGAAAGCGAAAAUAUCGUUGUAACAGCUAGAAAUUCCACAUCAGACGAGGAGGAUUGGGAAGAAAAAGUAAACAAAUUCGGAUGGUCUGUGCAGCAGUUUAAACUGUUUGAUCGUGUGGCACGGCUGCUAGACAUGGAUCGAUUGGCCCGAUUGACAAAUACUGAAAAGCAGCAUGAGCCAGUACACCGUCGUACGGUGAUAGAUAAAUCUGUUAGCAGGUUCAGACAAGCAUUAGCCAGCGUUACUUGGGAAACUAGGCUAACGCAGUGGUUGCAUGUCUUAUUGAUUGAAAAUCUUCCACCCUGCUAUCUGGCAAUCUACAUCGAUAUAUUACAAACUCUGCACGCCAAACAACCAAAGUUGAUGAACAAAAUGAUCUUUGGCACUACGCUCAAUGUUGGCCAUGAAUUAUUAAGGCCUGUACUAAAGAAACCGUGGGAGCCGAUAGUAUCUCACAAAAAUCGAAAACUUCCCGGUCAGCCGUACAUUGUUGUGGUUCCGUCGGUUCCUAAUUUUUCUCAACCCACCGGUCGGCAACAAAAAUGGUUCAGUUUGUUUGCAACAAUGGCAUCAGUAAUUCCGAUACAGGCAUUACCAAUCAAAUCGAGCGUCAUGGAAAAACAGUCGCUGCAGGUAUUGGCCGAAAAUAUGGUGGCCACCACUCGAACAAAGAUUCAGCAAGUACGUAACACUACACCGAACCGAUCCAUCAUUCUAGUUGGAUUCGAUGCGGGAGCUUCUCUCGCCAUUCAAAUCGGAUUGGUAGAGUCUGUUAGUAGUGUAAUUUGUUUGGGAUUUUCAUACAACACAUACAACGGGUCCCGAGGAACUCCCGAUGAUCAUAUAGUCGACAUUGGAUGCCCUGUACUGUUCGUUAUUGGUCAAAAUUCGGCUCGUGCAAGCCACGAGGAAAUUGAAAUGUUAAGAGAGCGUAUGACUACACAAACAUCGCUCGUUGUCGUUGGAUCCGCGGAUGAAUGUCUUCGUGUUUCGAAAACAAAACGCAAAAUCGAGGGUGUUACUCAGUCCAUGGUAGACAAUAUGGUUGCUGAUGAAAUAGCUGAAUUUGCAACGAAUUGCUUGCUUAACCCGCACCGCCCAAAGCAAAAUGCCCUACCAGGACAAUUUUCAAAUGGGUCUUCGUCUUCAGUGACCCUAGAUCAAGGUGGCUCUUUAGCGCAACGGAACGAAGUUGAUCUUCCCUCACAACGUAAGCGGAAGUACACUCAUGAUCCGAAAGCUGAUUAUAAAUAUCAGAAAAAAUCAUAUAAUCGUCGAUCAACAAAACCAACACCAGAUAUCAAUCGCUCAUCUCAACAGCACUCACAAGAAGCGUUGGAUGUUGCCAUACAGAGCAUUUUGCCAACAACGCCCGAGAAACACAUAAAGAGCAAUCUUUGCCCAGAGGAAACGGUCAAGUACGAUGUGCGUGAAUCUGGCAAUACGCAGAUUAUAUCCGCUCUGGCUAGCACACCAUUAUUACUGCCUCCAUUGAAGCGCGACACCGCUCAAACGCCAAUAUCCUCGCUAGGUGGGUCCCUCCAGUCGCGUAAUGUGAAUGUUAAAUUGAUCGAAUCAAAUCAACUCAUACAGUUGAAACCUACCGCUGGAACUUUGCAAAAAUUUUAUUCAACAAAAUCCUCUACCAAACCUGUCGUAUCGGUAAUGGCUAGCAAUGAUCCAGUAGUUCAUUCAGGGGAAAUAAGUAGCCCUCCCAAGUUUACGAUCUUUAGAAACACAGGAGCUAAGCCGACCGUUCUCAGCGAUGGCCAGGAGACGGAAGUCUCAGUUAGUAAAGCCACGAAAGAUUUGACAGAGGCUAACAUUUUUGAUCUACCAAUUGUUUUUGCUGAUAAUGACGGGUAUAUUCAAGAAAAUUCGCCUGAGAAACCGAAGCAAGAGGUUCGACAGGUUAGCGCUGCAGUGGCGACGGGUGUAACGACUGCGACAAGCGGAUCACCUCCUACUGGAGGGGAUAUUUCCGGUACUGUGGGUGCGAUUCAGCCAACAAAUAAUCGCUUCGUCACGCUACAACAAGCCCCAGCGGGUGUCCCAGUUACGAUCGCAAAGACGAAACAAAUCGUUAACUUGGUCAUCAAUAAAGGAUCGCUUAAACCUAUUGAUGCUAGCAUGAUAGUUCCAAUGGGACCUAAAAUCAGCAGACCGCUAACAAUUACAUCUAGCAACCUCACAGCUGGCACUACAAGUAUGGCGGUUGUAUCCUCAAGUGCAAGCGUUCCAAAAUUUACCAAAGUGCUUUUAACAAAACCAUUAACGGCUGGAGGAAGUAGUGGUGGAGUCGUGAAAAAUUUGAGCGAACUGUUAUCCAGCGGCAAGGUUGAGUUCGUCAGCUGUGCUGGUGUCAAACAAACGGCUAUAACCGGCACACCCGUGACUAUGCCACAGGCAAAAUUUCAAUCCAUCGUAAUCAAUCCUGUUGUAACGAAUAAAUUACCCGAGGGUGGAACGAGUACUCCAACGGAGAAUGUUACAUUGACUACCAGUACUGCGAGUGGCAACGUUCCAAUCAUUGGCGGAAACAAAAUAUUGAUUAAAACGAGCCCUUCCGGGUUGAUCUCUUCCAGCUCAGCAACGUCCUUGGUAGGGCGAAAUGUGACGUUGAAACGAAUGAAUAUACUUACAACUUCUACAGGAAUUCAACAAAGCAGUCUAACAUCGACAGUUGUAACGACAUCAACGGAUGAUAUGGAAAAAGAUACAUGA